UCCUUUACAUGUUGUAUAGGUUACAGUAUAUUCUGGAUACAAUAUAUGUGUGCAGAACCGAACAGUUCUCUUGUUGCACAGGGAGAAUUGGAUUCAGAAGGUAGAAAUAACCCGGGAAGAAAAACAAAAAUGCAAACAGUUUAUAUUCAUUUCCCAGUGUUCUUUCUCUGGGUGUAGCUGCUUCUGUCCAUCUUUGAUCAAUUAAGGCUCUCUUUAUUGAAGAGAUCCACUUCCAUCAGAAUACAUCCUCAAACAGUAUCGUUGUUGAGGUAUAUAAUGAUCUCCUGGUUCUGCUCAUUUCAUUCAGCAUCAGUUCAUGUAAGUCUCUCCAAGCCUCUCUGUAAUCAUCCUGCUGGUCAUUCCUUACAGAACAAUAAUAUUCCAUAACAUUCAUAUACCACAAUUUACUCAACCAUUCUCCAAUUGAUGGGCAUCCAUUCAUUUUCCAGCUUCUGGCCACUACAAACAGAGCUGCCACAAACAUUUUGGCACAUACAGGUCCCUUUCCUUUCUUUAGUAUCUCUUUGGGGUAUAAGCCCAGUAGAAACACUGCUGAAUCAAAGGGUAUGCACAGUUUGAUAACUUUUUGAGCAUAGUCCCAAAUUGCUCUCCAGAAUGGCUGGAUGUGUUCACAAUUCCACCAACAAUGUAUCAGUGUCCCUGUUUUCCCACAUCCCCUCCAACAUUCCCCAUUAUCUUUCCCUGUCACUCUAGCCAAUCUGACAGGUGUGUAGUGGUAUCUCAGAGUUGUCUUAAUUUGCAUUUCUCUGAUUAAUAAUGAUUUGGAGCAUAUUUUCAUAUGGCUAGAAAUAGUUUCAAUUUAUUUGUCUGAGAAUUGUCUGUUCAUAGCCUUUGACCAUUUAUCAAUUGGAGAAUGGUUUGAUUUCUUAUAAAUUAGAGUCAGUUCUCUAUAUAUUUUGGAAAUGAGGCUUUUAUCAGAACCUUUGAUUGUAAAAAUGUUUUCCCAGUUUAUUGUUUCCCUUCUAAUCUUGUUUGCAUUUGUUUUGUUUGUACAAAAACUUUUCAAUUUGAUAUAAUCAAAAUUUUCUAUGUUGUGGUCAAUAGUGAUCUCUAGUUCUUCUUUGGUCAUAAAUUCCUCCCUUUUCCACAGGUCUGCGAGGUAAACUAUCCUAUGCUCUUCCAAUUUAUUUAUUAUCUCAUUCUUUAUGCCUAAGUCAUGAACCCAUUUUGACCUUAUCUUGGUGUACAGUAUUAAGUGUGGGUCACUGCCUAGUUUCUGCCAUACUGAUUUCCAAUUUUCCCAGCAAUUUUUGUCAAAUACUACGUUCUUAUCCCAGAAACUUGUGUCUUUGGGUUUGUCAAACACUAGAUUGUUAAAGUUAUUGGCCGUUUUGUCCUUUGAACCUAACCUAUUCCACUGAUCAACUAGUCUAUUUCUUAGCCAAUACCAGAUGGUUUUAGUAACUGCUGCUUUAUAAUAUAAUUUUAGAGCUGGUACAGCUAGGCCGCCUUCAUUUGAUUUUUUUUUUUCAUUAAUUUUGAACUCCUCCUAAAGCACUAGUGGUUCUUCUCCCUCCUGGCUAUUCGCUCGCACACCCAUCUCCAUCCCGGGUGGGUACGCUCCCCCCCCCCCCCCCCUUACCAGGUGUGGGGGAAGGGGAAGAACUGGGGCCGGGCGGGGGAGGGGCCUGUGCCCCCGGACCUGAGUCAGCCCGGGCAUUUUAGGAACUCGGGGGUGGGGCGGGGGAGGAGAUCAGGCCACCAGCUGGGAGGGCCUGGGAGAAUUCCGGCCUCCACUCACACCGCCCAGGAGGGAAGGCGCUGACUCAUCCCGGCACCUGUCGUUCUUCUGGCUCCCAUUCUCCCCAGGGGGCUAGAAAACGGGGCCCAGGAAUCUCCCCACUUUCAGCCCGGUCCCUCGUGACUCAUUCUAGGCUGUACCUGACUCCGAUUCCUGCAAGUGACUCAAGUUUCAGCUGAAAGUCCCCCCUGUUCUUCGCCCCCACCAGGCUUAGCCGCAGUGAGGCGCCGGCCUCUGAGUCAGGUGGGUGGGUGGGCUGCUGACGGACCCGUCCCGGUGCAGACGUCCCGACCCAGACGCUUUCCAAGGCUGUGGGUCCCUCACCCCCGGCUCCCCCGCCCCAAUAAUCCUGUCGUUGUCUCUUUCCAGGAUCUCAUUAGAACAAAAGGGCCUUUUCUCUUUUACCAAUCAGGGAUUUUGCAAAAUCUCCCCUGAGAUCCUGCCUUUUUUCCUGCUCUGCCCAAUCGCCGGGUUUUCUUCUGCUGCUUCCUUCGCCUUCUCUCUAUAACCCUUACUCACUCUGCUGGGUUGCCCCUGCCCUUAAGGGGGCGCCCCGAUUAAACGCCCUUGCUUGGUUUGGAAAUGCUUGAGCCUGAGUUCUUUCAGAGAUGACACUGCCAGUCAGUACCACCGAGACCCUCAUCCCACCCUCUGCCUUCCCCUUAAAGCUCGCUGUCACACACACACACACACACACACACACACACACACUGUAUAUACAUGGAGCUUAAUAAAUGCUCAUCGCUCAAAGAGACUGACUUUUGACUCGGCUGAGGAUUCUGUGCAUCCGGUACUUUCCCCUUCACAAUAAUAAUAACUUUUGUACUUCGUUUUAAGGCUAAUAAAUCCCUUUCCACACGUUUCACCAGAGGCUUGAAACAGCCCAAUGGGUUAUGGGCCGUAGGAAUUGUCACCCUAAAAUAACAACAAUAACGCUGCAAUCAUUUUCGGGCUCUGUACCAGCCACUCUCCCAAAUGAGCAAACUGACGUGGGUUCCCUCCCACGCGUGACACACACUGCCCCCCAGGGUCCGGGGAUGACUGCUGUCUAUUUAGAACCGGAUGUGUGUUUUCUCCCCCCCAGAGAAUAACACAAGAGAAGGUGGGUUUUCUCAUCCAGCAGUUUGGCUGAGAGGGGCUUGGCCAUCCGGGCGUGGAAGGCACUUAUUGUUAAAUUGAAAGAGGAUGCUCAGAUUGUUCUAAAGGAAAGAAGCGUUUUUUAGCGUUUCCAAGGACACACCAACUAAGGAAGCGGCCAAUGAGCGAUCGUUAAGCGCUCUCUUUGUGAGAGGUUUUUUGCUCCGGAUAAGGAGAUUGGAGCCUCGGAGCUCGGGACGUCCUUGACAUUUUCUAGGAUGAUCCUAAAUGGAUUAAAGCAAGCCGGGGUAGAGAAAGAGGCUCGCUCGGUACAACUGGGCAUCAGCCCAGGGAAAGGACAAAACGGAGCGGCAGCCGCGACCUCCCCCCGUCCGCUUCCAACAAAAACGAUAAUAGUCAGCAGAGGGUCAGCACGGCGAGGAGAGCUCGCGGUUCCAUUUUACAGAGGAGGAGACUGAGGCUGAGGCGGUCGCUUUUUAUAGACCAGGGCCCGGACGGGGCUGAGAAAUGCUAAGAGAACUAAAGCUGGGCCCCGGGCCUGGUAGCCCCCCGAAUCCGGCUCGGGCCCCCCGGCUGCGGCACGCCCCGGAUGUUUAGAAGACGCAGGGUUAGAAGCUCACGAGACUAGCCGAGUUUCGGUCAGAAAGGCGGGGGGCGGGGCCAGGGAUUCCCUCCCCUAGGUGCGUCACCGCACGCACGUCCUAGGGCGGGGCCAGGGCUUCCCCGGGGAGGGACGGGGCCGGGAGGGGCGUGGCUUCGGUUAACCCCUUGGUCGCCGCGGUCUGGCCGGAAGGAAGCGGCAGCUGCGGAGGGAGGGAAACCCGGAACCGCGGCGCCCGGGGCCGGCCACACCCCCGGCUUUAAAGGGGCCCGAAGAGGAUCCCGGGCCGGGCCGGGCCGGCCGGAGCCAGAGAAGCGGCCUUGGGAGGGCAUGAGACGUUGUCCCUGCCGGGCGCCGCCGGCCACGGAGGCGAGGAGGCGGCGGAGCCGAGGCCCGGGGCCCGAGGGGGGCGGGCUGCUGCCGCCGCGGGAUCGGCCGGACGCCGCGAGGGCCUCGGGGGCGCUGGACACCGCCGGGGAUCCCCCGGGCUCCGCCGAGGCCCGGGGGGCGCCGGACACUACCGGGGGCCGGGAUGGGCCGCGAGGGACACUAGACACUGUAGGACCCCAGGGGACGUUGGACACUGCCGGGCCCCGGGGGACGCCGGACUCUGCUGGGCCCCGGGGGACGCCGGACUCUGCCGGGGAACUGGGGAUGCUGGACACCGCUGGCGCUCCGGAUGAGCCGGACAGAACUGAGCCCCGGGGGGCACCAGACACCGCCGGGGCCGAGUGGACGCUGGUCCCUGCCUUGGCCGGGGAUCCCGGGACUGCUGGGGAUGUUGAGCCUCAGCCGCAUGUCGGGGGGCCCUCAGGUGGGUCGGGCAGAGCUGGGCUCCGGGGGCCCCGGGGCAGCACCGAGGCACCAGGUGACCUAGUGAGCGCGGGGCCCCGGGACCAGGGAGACCCCGCCGGGACCGGGCAGCCCGACGCCACCCAACCCCGGGAUCAGCUGGGCAGAGCUCUGGGGAUGCUGGUCACUCUCGGGUCCCAGGACCAGCCAGACGGGCCCUGCAGACCGCCGGACGGAGACAGAGAAGGCUCUCGGGGAUGGCCAGAGGGCGCCGGCCCCUGGGAACUGAAGGCCGGGGAAAGCUCUGAGACCCGGCAGGAUGGAGGCCGCCCCCCGGGGGAGCCGACAAGGCCAGAGCAGGAGGGCUCCGGGGAUCAGCCGGCGACACCUGGCAGAGCGGGGCCCUGGGCGGGGAGCGACGGAGACGGUGGCCGGGCCCAGGGGACACCCGGGGACACGGCUGGCCUUGGGGAACGAGGAGCCACAAAGCUGCCCGGGACGGAGAGAGCCGGCCUCCUCGGACAGCCCGACACCGACCCCUCCCGGCUGAGCCCGGGGGAGGCGGGUCCCUGGGGGCCGCAGGACCACUCAGAAGCACCGUCGGAUGCAGCCAUCCCCCAGUGUGGCCCAGAGCGGAGGGCCUCUGGGGCCCUGAGCAGAGACGCCCUGGGAGGCUGGCCGGACAGAGAUGACCCGGAGGGGGACCCCCUCGGGGCCCAGCUGGAUGGGGCAGAGGGCCCUGGGGCUGGGCCAGCUGGUGAGGGUCUCGCGGGGAGGCUGGAUGCUCAGAUUGCUCCCGGGUGGCUCAAGGGAGACAGAUCGGAGGCACGGUCACUCCACUGCUGGAGACGGGCAGACAGUGCGGGGGGCCUGCCGGGGAGGCUGGGCGGUGACGUGGCCCAGGGGCAGCCAGGCUGUCCGGGCACAGACGGCCCCGUACCCGAGCCGGAGCACGAGAGCCCUCUGGGGAAGCAGGCCGCCGGGGACGGUCCUUUCCCGGAGCCAGAGAGGGCUGGCUCCUGGGGACGGCGGGGUGAAGAUGUCCCCAUGGGAGCUCCGGACAGAGACGGGGCUAACUCCCUGGGGAGGGCAGAGCCACCCGGUGCCUGGGCACGGCCUCCCAGCUGUGGACCUGAGCCGCGGCUGGACAGCAAGGCCCCUCCGGGGCAGCCCCGCAGAGACGGCCCCCCGCUGGGGGCAGAGCAGGAUGGCCUCUGGGGACCAAGGGACGGAGAUGCUGGCCCCGGAAGGCGGCUGGACGGGGACACCUUGGACGUGGGGCUCAGAGACGGCCCCCCAGGAAGGCCAGAGAGCCCUGGGGGUUGUGGACACUUCGGGGACGGCUUUGAACCCGGGCUGGUCCGUGCUGGGGCCCUGGCUGCUCUGGACGUCGACCGCCCCCCGGGGCAGCUGGAGCUGGGGGGCCCCGGCGGGGCCCUGGAAUUCCUUCUGCUUGAAGAGCGGUGCCACACCCUGCUCUCCGGGGGCCCCCAGGGGCCCGUGCCGCGGGUGAUCAUCACCCCCGAGCCCGGGGCCGGACCGCAGGGCCGGGAGCAGGAAGCCCCUUGGCCCCAUGCCGUGGGGUCCCCGGCCAGGGGCCCUGGAGGCAGCGGAGGCCUGUCAUCUGCCUCGUCCUUCGAUGAGUCCGAGGAUGACGUGGUCGUCGGCAGCGGAGGCGGCAGUGAUGCUGAGGAGGGUCCCAGGAACGUGUCCUGGAGGAAGCUGAAGUCGGCCGUGCACUACGCGCCCUUCGUGGUGUCCUUCCGGAAGCACUAUCCCUGGGUCCAGCUGUCCGGACACAAGGGCAACUUCCAGGCCGGGGAAGAUGGGCGGAUCCUGAAAAGGUUCUGUGAGAGUGAACAGCGGAGCCUGGAGCAGCUGAUGGAGGAUGCCCUUCGCCCGUUUGUGCCUGCCUAUUAUGGGGUGGUGGAGCAGGACGGAGAAGCCUUCAAUCAGAUGGAGGACCUGCUGGCUGACUUCAGCACGCCUUCCAUCAUGGACUGCAAGAUGGGCACCAGGACGUACCUGGAGGAAGAGCUGGCAAAGGCCAGGGAGCGUCCCCGGCCUCGUCGGGACAUGUAUGAAAAGAUGGUGGCCGUGGACCCCAGUGCUCCCACCGCGGAGGAGCACGCCCAGGGCGCCGUCACCAAGCCCCGCUAUAUGCAGUGGCGAGAGACCGUGAGCUCCACGGCCACUUUGGGCUUCCGGAUCGAGGGCAUCAAGAAGGCAGACGGCACCUGCAACACCAACUUCAAGAAGACUCAGAGGGCGGAGCAGGUCACCCGGGUCCUGGAGGACUUUGUGAACGGUGACCGAGACCUCCUGAGGAAGUAUGUGGAACGCCUGCAAGAGCUUCGAGGAACCCUGGAAAACUCCCCCUUCUUCCGAACUCAUGAGGUGGUGGGCAGCUCGCUUCUCUUUGUCCACGACCAGAGUGGUCUGGCCAAGGUCUGGAUGAUCGACUUUGGCAAGACCGUGCCUCUGCCGCCACCCCAGACCCUCAGCCACCGGCUGCCCUGGGAAGAGGGCAACCGGGAGGACGGUUACCUGUGGGGGUUGGACAACGUCAUCGAGCUUCUGGACAGCCUGGCCCAGAGCUGAGCCCGGGGUCCCAAGGGCAGGACUGAUUUGGGGGCCCCUUGUUCCCACCCUGGGAUUUAUUUAUUUUUGGGUAUUACAGGUGGCAGGGGGGUGGCAUCUGAAGCGAGAAGUCUGUGCCCCCUGACCCCUUGGGCUCCAAGUAGGGGGACCCAAGAGAGGAAACACAAAGGGGGGGAGCUGGCUGCUGAGCACUGCCCCUCCAGGUUCGGUAUCUGGGUACCAUGCCUGCUUGUUGUGCCGCGGGUGACCUGUGGGCGGAGAAGGCCCUCCCUCUGAGGGCCUUUCACCUCAAUACCAGCACCAGCUUUGGGGGAACGAGGAGCCUGGCCCCCAGCUUACACUGUGACUCCUACUCUUAAUGAAGGCGUCCCCCUUCUCCUGGCCCUGCCUUGGUCAGGCUUGGGGGAGGGGAGAAGUCAUCUUGGUCCGGUUCUUCCUCCCCAGAGGCCUCUGCUUCCUGGCUUGGAUUGGAGGGAAGGAGGCUGAAGGGGGGCUGGCUGGCUGUUCUCUGCCCUCCCCAUUUGGUGUGACCACCACUGCCUCUGCCCGGGGCUCUGGGCCGGCUGCUCGGCUUCAAGCCGGGUCAGGGUUUGCUGGUGGCCAACCCCGGAGCCCAAGAACCAAAGACUAGGCCAUCCGUGCACCUGAGGGCGAGGGAGAAAACCCCGGCCCUUAUUUGUCUUCCUGCUCCCCAAGGAGUCGGGGAGGAGCCUGCAUUUACAACUAGCUCCUCACGGUUUCCUUCUGGAGAAAUGGAAAGUGGUGGAGCUGGGGUUCUAGGCCAGACCCCAACUCCCCAGCACUGUUUUUUCACUACAUGUCGGCUGCCCCCCAAGUCCUAGCCUUAAUGAAGCUCCUUCCUGGCCCGGGGGGCAGGGGAGGGAGGGAGAACAGGGGUAUGCUCUUUCUACUUAUUUAUAAAGGGGUGGGCUGAUGCUGGGAGGGAGGGGAUGGGGCGGGGGCCUCGGUACUCCCCAAAAUAAAG